AUGACUACUGUCGAUAGUAAGAUAGACAAUUUACCCUGGGUUGAGAAGUACCGUCCCACUACCCUUGACGAUGUCUAUGGACAGACAGAUAUAGUGGAAACUGUGCGUAAGUUUGUACAUGAAGGGAAGCUUCCUCAUUUACUAUUCUACGGUCCACCAGGAACAGGUAAAACAUCCACCAUUAUUGCGCUUGCAAGGGAAAUUUACGGGCCCAAUUACAAAAACAUGGUCUUGGAAUUGAACGCUUCGGAUGACAGAGGAAUUGAUGUUGUCAGAAAUCAAAUCAAGCAGUUUGCAUCCACUAUGCAGAUAUUCAGCAAGGGAUUCAAGUUGAUCAUAUUGGAUGAAGCGGACGCCAUGACUUCAGUAGCGCAAAACUCUUUGAGAAGAAUCAUCGAGAAGUACACGAAGAACACCAGGUUUUGUAUAUUGGCCAACUAUGCUCACAAAUUGAACCCUGCGCUUCUCUCUAGAUGUACAAGGUUUAGGUUUCAUCCCAUAAGCGAAGCAGCUAUUAAAGAGAGAAUAAACCAAGUGAUCAUAAAGGAAAACUUACAUAUCGAGAAGAAAGCAGAAAAUGCCUUGCUAGAGUUAUCCAAGGGUGAUAUGAGAAGAGCCUUAAACGUUUUACAGGCCUGUAAAGCUGCUUUGUCGACUGACGAUGAGGAGAUUGACCAAGAUAUGAUCUACGAAUGCAUAGGUGCCCCACAUCCGCAAGACAUUGAAUUGCUGCUUGAUACUAUAUUGAAAGAAGACUGGGUGAAAUCGUACAAGACCAUUGAGCAUGUGAAGAGAGAGAAGGGAUUGGCUUUAGUUGAUUUGAUGAGUGGUUUCGUUGAGGUGUUGAGUAAGUAUGAAUUGAGUAAUGCAGCAAGAGUUGCGAUUUUAGGUGGAUUGGCUGACAUAGAGUACGGUAUCUCGAGAGGUGGGAAUGAUAAGAUUCAGACUAGUGCCAUUAUCGGGGUGAUAAAGAGUGCAAUGGAAAAGCAAAAGUAG